AUGGCUGAGGAGAAACCAGCACUGGCCUACACGGCCGAACGCAUCAGGUUCCAAGCUGAUGACGAGGAGGCAGGCCGCGUUCGUCGUGGCCGACCUUCUUUGGUUCGGUCGCGCUCGAAUGACUCCAUGAGCAUCCGGAGAGCUGGGUCUCGAGGCAAGACUGAUCCUUCCUUGGCUCUGCCUAUCCAAUACCGUACAGUCUCGUUCCAGGUGGAAGAAUCCAAGGGGAAAGAGCAAGUUGAGUUGCGAAAGGCUCAAGACAAGGCAGCAAAGGACUUAUCCGACCUCGUUUGGCAUACCCUACCCGCAAAUGAAGUCAGUCAGCGACUCACUACCUCCCCUGGCACCGGUCUGUCCUCCGAGCAGGCAAAAAGGAGAGUGCAAGAGUACGGCAAGAACGUGCCUUCGCCUCCUGAGACACAUCGCUUCAAGACCUGGUUUGGCUACUUCUUCAAGGGUUUUGGAGGUAUUCUACUCGUUGGCGCUAUUCUUGUCUUUGUCUCAUGGAAGCCGCUUGGCGAACCUGCCCCGGCAGUUGCUAACCUGGCCCUCGCGAUCGUACUCGUUGCCGUCUUCGUCAUUCAGGCCCUCUUCAACAUGUUCCAGGACUGGUCGACAUCACGCGUCAUGGCUUCGAUCAAAGAUAUGCUUCCUGAACAGUGCGAGGUCAUUCGGGAAGGCACGCAAAUGCAUCUCCCCGGAGAAGAAGUUGUCCCCGGAGAUGUCGUCAUCAUCAAAGCCGGCAGCAAGCUACCAGCUGAUAUGCGCUUCAUUGAGGUCUCCUCCGAUGUCAAGUUUGACCGGUCGGUCCUCACAGGAGAGAGUGUCCCUUGCGCCGGUACUGUGGAACACACCGAUACCAACUACCUCGAGACGCACAAUAUCGGUCUGCAGGGAACACACUGCAUCAUGGGCUCUUGCAAAGGCAUCAUCGUCGCUAUUGGUGAUAAGACAGUCUUCGGUCGCAUCGCUAAGCUGACGAACGAGCCCAAGACCAAGAUGACGCCCUUGGAAAAGGAAAUCCUUUACUUUGUCUUGAUUAUCUGCACCCUGAUGCUGACCAUGGUUGUAAUUGUUAUUAUAAUCUGGGGCGCCUAUCUCCGACCCGAGCAUCCUGACUUCAUCAACGUCCCUACUCUCAUCGUCAACUGUGUCAGCAUCGCCAUUGCUUUUAUUCCAGAAGGAUUACCCAUCGCCGUCACCGCUGGAUUGACAAUUACCGCAAACUUGAUGCAGAAGCACAAAGUUCUCUGCAAGUCGCUGAAAACCGUCGAGACUCUCGGGUCAGUCUCUGUUGUGUGUUCAGACAAGACUGGAACCUUGACAGAAGGUAAAAUGACUACUUCGGACUGCGCGAUCGGAGAAACCACCAUGACCGCCGAAGAAGCGGUUAGCAACAUGGCUUCCCACGGCAAGUCGACCGGUAACCCCGUCAGCCAGCUCCGUGCCAUGAGCGCCCUCUGCAAUGCCGCUGAUCUGGACGCUGCUGGUGCUGAUCUCCCCAUCGCUCAGCGCAAGGUCUUCGGUGACGCCACGGACUCGGCCAUCCUGCGCUUUGCUGAGCAGCUGGAAGCUGGCAGUGUUGCAUAUCUACGUGCUUGCUGGACCAAGACAUAUGAGCUUGCCUUUAACAGCAAGAAUAAGUUCAUGAUUCGCUGCUUUUCCAACACGCGUCCCGAGGCUAUUCACCAGACUCUUACCGAAGCCGAGACCCGUGACUUCGGCGAGAAGGAUUUGUUGCUUACCAUCAAGGGUGGUCCCGAUGUUCUUAUGGAGCGAUGCUCCAGAUUCGUCACUGGAGAUGGACACACCGCGGAACUGACACCCGAGAAGAAGGCGCACUUUGAGGCACUCAAGAACAAGUAUUCGUCUGCUGGAAAGCGCUGUUUGAUUCUCGCACGAAAGGUCCUUUCCGAGGGUACCGUCACAGCCGCUGCCGGAAGUACCGAGUACGAGAACGCAAUUCUCGAGCAGUCCAAGACCGGCCUGACUAUUGUCGGCCUCGUCGCCAUUGUUGAUCCUCUCCGGUCUGAUAUUCGUGAUGUCGUCAAGACUCUUCGUGGCGCAGGUGUUCGCAUCGCUAUGGUCACUGGCGACUUUGCUCUGACAGCUGUGGCCAUCGCUCGCGACGCCGGCAUCGUGACUGUCCAUCACGUCGACACCCCCGCCGACCUCCCUCGAUUCCCCGACAGCGGAGAUUCAUCUGACGACAAUGAGAAAGAGUCAUCCGUGCGAAAGGCUGCCAUCGUUCUUAGCGGCCCGGAGUUGAUGGCUCUCAACGAGCACCAAUGGGCCAACCUCACGCGGUACGAGGAGAUUGUCUUCGCCCGCACAACACCUGAGCAGAAGCUCCGCAUCGUCCGAGAGUUCCAGCGCGAGAACACAGUGGCCAUGACAGGCGAUGGCGUUAAUGAUGCUCCAUCUCUGAAGGCUGCAGAUGUUGGUAUCGCUCUUGGAAGCGGCUCUGAUAUUGCCAUGGAGGCGGCUGAUAUGGUGCUGCUGGAGAGUUUCUCGUCCAUUGUGGUUGCCGUCCAGUAUGGCCGUGUCGUCUUCGACAACUUAAAGAAGGUUAUCUCAUACCUCUUACCCGCUGGUAGUUUCUCCGAGUUCUGGCCCGUUAUGGCGAGCGUCGCGUUUGGGCUGCCCCAGAUUCUCUCCUCUUUCCUUAUGAUCAUUAUCUGUUGUUUCACUGAUUGCGCCGCCGCUACCAUGCUCUCAUACGAGCAGCCCGAGGCUGACGUCCUCACCCGCCCACCCCGCAACGCCAAGAAGGACCGCCUCGUCAACUGGCAGCUUAUCCUCCAAUCCUACGGUGUUAUUGGUGUAAUACAGACCGCUCUCUCUUUCACUAUGUCGUUCUGGUACCUCCAGCGCAACGGAAUCCCCUUCUACAAGCUAUGGUUCGGCUACGGCCCUCCCGCCGAUAUCGAUCUGGACUACUACACGCAAAAGGUCAACGAGGCGUCAUCCAUUUACUUCGUCAACCUUGUCGUCAUGCAGUGGUUCAACCUCAUGGCCACCCGCACCCGCCGCCUCAGCAUCUUCCAGCACCCUCCCUUGUUCAACAAGGCGACGCAGAACUGGUACCUGUUCCCCGCCAUUCUGUUUUCGCUGGCCAUGGCCAUCCUGUGGCUGUACAUUCCCCAGCUUCAACCUGUCUUGGGUACCACUGGCGUCCCUGUCGAGCACUGGUUCUUUCCUUUUGCUUUCGGUCUCUUUACCUUGGCUUUAGAUGAAGCGAGGAAGUUUGCCAUCCAGAAGUGGCCUCAGGGGUGGCUGGCAAAGGCUGCGUGGUAG